AUGGACCAAGCAUUAUGGGCAUGUAGAACUUCUCCUAGAGAGGCAACAAGAACUACGCCAUUUCGACUUACGUAUGGACAUGACGCUGUGUUGCCUGUAGAGGUGUACAUUCAGUCGGUCAGAAUCCAAAGACAUCAUGAAAUACCAUCUGAAGAAUACUGGAACAUGAUGGUUGAUGAGCUCGUAGAUUUAGACGAAGAAAGAAUGUCGGCUCUGGAUUCACUAAGGAGACAGAAGGAUAGGGUGGCAAAGGCUUACAACAAAAAAGUGAUCGACAAGGUGUUCGCGAUAGAUGAUUUAGUAUGGAAAGUAAUUCUGCCUAUGGACAGAAAUGACAUAGUCUUAGGAAAAUGGUCACCUAAUUGGAAAAGACCGUUUAAAGUUAUCCAAACUUUCUCCAAUAAUGAUUAUGAAUUGGAGGAAUUAGCCGCAGAUCGACGAAUCCAAAGAGUAAAUGGUAAGUAA